AAUCCAAUUAACCCGGCCAGGUGAUAAGGUCCUUCUUAAAAAUUCCAAAACAUCUGGAAAACUGGAUCCAAAGUUUGAAACCAAACCAUACAUUGUUCAAACUAAAGAAGGACAGGAACUAACUGUCAAGUCGGACGAAGUUGUAGUGUACAGGCGAGACAUUUCAUUUGUGAAACCCUAUCAAGAACCAGGAGUGCAAGAAACCGUUACGGAGUCUGAAAGAUCUGAAGAUACAGCUGUAUCACCUACGAAAGACGGUAAUCCUGUUGCAGUGCCAAUAAGCAGACCAUCCCGAGUGAGAAAAUUACCAGACAAGUUCAAGGAUUUUGUGUUGAACACUGUAAGAUAACUUAGUAUAAUGUAGAUUUUUAUAUAGUAUAAGUAUGUAACUGAACUUCGUGGGAGUAUAAAACUUAAUUAAUUUCGAACAGUUGAUAACAUAUAAAAGUACUUUAAAGUUCAUAUUUCGCAUUUGCAGAUGGUAGGUUUUGUUUGUACAAAGGAAGGGAAUGUAGUGUUUACUAUAUUGUUGUAACAUGAAGUAUAAAAAAAGAUGAGGAAUCCAAGAUGGCGUUUUAGUAAAUAUACGUGUUCAGUAAAUUGUUUAUGUUUAAUCGAGUUCAAUCUGUUGUUUUAUCGGGAUACACACUAUACGCGACGCUUCAAACAGUCCUCAGGUCUGUCCAGUCAGGCACCUCGAACAAAGACCUUGGUCUCUUUUUUAGCCAUCGAAACGAAUUUCCUUCUCUGACGGGGUCCUGCUUAGAAAUAACCGCAUAGUUAUCCCUCGGUCUCUACAACAAAGAGUUCUCGAGCUUGCUCACCAGGGGCACCAAGGCAUAGCUAAGACGAAAGCCCGUUUGCGUACUAAGGUAUGGUGGCCGAGAAUUUCCACGGAAGCGGAAACAUUCUUAAAACGGUGCUAGCCUUGUGUUGUAGCGCAUGAGCCAACAAAACCUAGUUUCACCCCACUGAAACCCACCACCCUCCCAAAAGCAGCCUGGUUAUUGAUAGAGAUGGAUUUUGUAGGCCCAUUUCCCACCGGAGAAAAUCUGUUGGUGAUAGUCGACUAUUAUGGUCGAUAUCCCGAAGUAGAAAUCAUGAAGCACAUCACGACUGCCGUCCUGGAACCGCGCCUUCGUCGAAUUUUUGCACGAUACGGAGUACCCCAGGAAAUUGUCACGGACAAUGCCAAAACAUUCCGGUCAUCCAGGUUCUCUAACCUUAUGAGAGAAUUUAGUAUCAAGCACAAAAAAUAACUCCCCGGUAUCCACGUGCGAAUGGCGAAGCAGAACGGCUAAAUCGCAGUAUCAACAAAGUGGUCCAAACCGCAAUAGCCGAGUCACGGGAUUGGCGAAAGACCAUCGACGCUUGGCUGUUGGCCUGUCGUACCACGCCUCAUAUGGUCACCGGCCAGCCACCAGCAGCCAUGAUGUUCGAACGAAACGUCAACGACAAGCUUCCAUCACUACCGCCGUCAGCGCCCAUAAAGAUCCACCGUAUGUCAUACCGACAGCACGACGCCAACAACAAGCAAAAGCGAAAGUGCUACCACGACAUUAAGAAGAAAGUGCAGCCCAGUUCAAUUAAAGUCGGCGAUCAGGUCCUUAUCCGUUCGGAAAAGAAAGGCAAAGUAGCACUACCGUGGCGUGCCAAUACGUUUCGUGUCACCGCCGUCAAGGGUGACUCCAUCCUAAUAGAAGAUGGAAAUCACCGCCUCAUGCGCCACUCUACGGCUGUUAAGAAAGUGCCAAUAACAGUUACAACUGCCCCAGAUGUUCCAACAACACCUCCAGAAGCAAUUGUUGCUCAACGACCUCGUCGCUCCAUAAAACGACAACCAGACUUAAUCGGUUAUAGUUCUACCGCAUGA